AUGAGCGGAUUGUGGACUUUUCUGCUGAUUUUUAUGUCUCCGAUGGCAAUCCGAGGACACUUCGAAUUCAAUAAUGUAGUCUGCCUCGUGCGCGACAGGAUGUUUAUGGACUUUGAGUACUGUUACUUGAAGUCCGUGAACCGCACCUACAAGUACCUUUCGCUAAAAACAAAGAUGUUCCGCCUGCCCGUCGACAACUGCGAGACCAGAUUCCAGCUGAGGAUGCGCGAGAACAGGCGAGUCCUGUACAACUUUGAUUUCAAGGUGGACUCCUGCAAGUUCAUGCGCGACCGCAAGCACGUGAUCGCCAACUGGGUCUACCAGACCUUCGGCCCCUACUCGAACCUGAACCACACCUGCCCCUACGACCACGACAUCGUGCUCGACAAGCUUCCCGUGCAGCAUCUGAACAAGCUGGUCCAGUCGAUCAUCCCCGAUGGCAGAUACAUGAUGAACAGCACAUGGAUGGUCGCGGGCAUUCCGCGCACCGAUGUCAUCCUAUACUUUACCAAGAGCUAA